CACAAGUAUGAGCUGGCAAAAUGGCGCCCGCAAACAAAGGCCGAAUCCGCCAUAGCUUCUCAAUCUCUCUUGACAGCCACCAAAAAUUAUUUGCAGCACAAAUUUCUUACUUUUGCUCUUUUCUCUUCUGUGACAUCAACAAUUCUCAGGCCAAAUUGUUUUUCAAUCAUUAACGAACAUUCGAACAUUGUUAUUCAUUUGAAUAUACGAGUGAAAAAAUUUUCAAAAAAUUCUCACCUUUUUCAAAGAGUAUAUGAUGCUAUGAUAGCCUGAAUUUCUGCCCAUUUUUGUGUGUGUCUGUGUGUGAGAAGUACAGUAGUAAGAACUCAAUCUAAUGGGUUCAAUACAGCUUCUCCAUUCACCAAUUGUGUCGUUAUCAUCUUCUCCGAAGACCCUUUAUUCCCAAUUUUCCAAUGAUUACAACAAGGUUUCAUCUUUUUUCAGUAUACAUUAUCGUAAUGAAUGCGAGUGCAAUCAGAUAGAUAGGUGGAGAUGUGUCAGAAGCAAUAAUAGAAGAAGAAUGGGAAGGGCAGUAUUAGUGAGUAAUAAGGAAGAUACUGAAGUGAGUAGUUCCAGUGCUACUUCAUCAUCUUCUGUUUCUACUUCCCCUGCUGAAGAUAAGGGUCAGGCAGAGGAAGCUGACCCUGAAGCCCUUGAGUAUAUCUCUCAAAUCAAAAGGGUCUUGGAGCUGCUUAAAACUAACAGGGAUAUGACAUUUAACGAGGUCAAGUUAACUAUAAUGAUAGAAGAUCCCAGGGAUGUCGAGCGGAAGCGGCUGCUAGGUAUUGACGAUGAAACUGCCCCAACGAGGGAUGACUUGGCAGCUGCUUUAGAAGAGGUAAAUGAAGGUAAAAUUCCCGAGGAUCGUCUAGCUCUGCAACUACUGGCUGAAGAACUGAAUGCAUGGCCAAAUUUGGAGGUAGAGCUGCCAAAGAAGAAAGCACCUGGGAGAUCUCUCUAUGCAAAAGCCACAGAUACUGGGGUUAAUCCCAAAGAGGCUGCUAAGCGACUCAACAUAGAUUGGGAUGCAGCUGCUGAGUUUGAAGAGGAAGAGGAUAGUGAGGACGUCGAUGUGCCUCCUGCUGUGGUUUGAUCUGCUUCUCUAUGCAUUUUCUGUUAUCUUUGUUUCAGUAAUUUAAGUGUUCCUUCAGUUGAAUCCUUCUUGUAAGAAAAAUAUAUCAUAUUUUUGCUUGGCUGUAUUAAAUCUUCUUAAUUUCUACCAUUCCCCGGGGUUUAUAAUAAUAGCUAUCCAAUUUAUCAAAUUCCAAGAUCAGCAUCAUAAGAUAGUAGUGGUUGCACAUCCUCAUUUGAAUGUUUAACAAUCCUACAUAAGUCUAACUCUUACAUUUCUGGCUGAAGACUCUGAAUGUGGUUUUUUGGUGGCUUAAGUUAAAAGAGGAAUCCUCUUGUAAUCUGUUAUUUCCAUUUGAAACACAACGCAGGUAAUAUUAAGUUUCCAAAGUUUAACUUCCUAGAACUGCACCUAAACCACACCCAUCUCUGUCAUUUGAUGUACUUUCCUGGUUCAUCAACUGAGUUAAGACCAUUGUGUCCUGCAGGGAUAUGGAGCUCUUUACUUGGUCACAGCAUUCCCAGUCAUAAUUGGAAUCUCGGUUGUGCUGAUUCUGUUCUAUAAUUCUCUGCAGUAAAGGAUUUACAGUAGAUGUUUGCAUAAACUGGCACAAAAUUUGAUCACUCGGGACGCUGUUUUUUUCCCUAGAUGAUGUUGAGCUGUAGAUAUUGAAAGGCAUAUUGUUACUCAGAAAUGACAUUGUUAACCUUUGUAUAAUAAGGGAUGCAUUUGCCUCAGUUUGUACCUUGCCCUUCAGUGAAGUGCGAUUUUUUUUGUUCUUUCUUUUAUUUUUUGAAAUUUUUUAUUCCCUUUUGAUUGUUGGUCUGACUUGAGAGGAGACUAAAUUUUGCUUUCUAAAUCUCUGAGUUGUACAUACGAAAGUCGAAACAGAAUAUUGUUGAAUUUCAACAUACAUUUUGAGGCCAAAUAUAUGUUUCUUUUUUCUUUUUUUUUUUUGUUUCCGGGUUGAUUUUGGUGCCUGCAAUAUUUUAAUGUAAUCAGUUGAGUCAAUUGGGAAGAUGGCAGUCACGAUUGAAAUUUAAUAUGGAAGUGCCAUACACGAUCUAACUCCAGUUUCUUAAAAUUGUCCCAAAAUCAUUCCUUGGGGCCAGUUAAUCUUUAAUAUCAUUCUCCU